AUGGAAGUGAACAGAGGAAAUCGCGAUGAGAGGAGGCCACAACGAACAAGUGUGGAAACAAUCGAGUGGACGCUGGAGCACCACAAGCAAUUCGUGGACACCAUGAUCCGAUUACAAUUGGAUGAUCUCAGAAUCCGUACAGCCAGGCGGACGAUCCUGAUUGUGGAGCUCAUGAACAACGAGGCCUGGAGGCUUUUUCCGCGGUCAACUCUCUUGACCCACAUCUCCAACUUCAAGCGUUUCCAGAAAAUCCCUUCUCGCGGUUUUCAGAAAACUAGCGCUCAUAGUGCUUUGAUGAGAGACUUGGAACGGCUUAACAUUAACAAGAAGGAGGAGAAGGAGGACGACAUGUCGUUUUCAUGGAAACUGGAGCAUCAUAAGAAGUUUGUGGAGGCAGUGAUCCAGUUGGAGUUGGGCCGGGUAAAGGUAACCCCAAAGGGCAUUCUGAAGGUGAUGGACGAGAAGCACCGCCGGGGCCUCACUGUUCGAGCAGUGGCGAAGCAUCUCUUGGGAUUAAUGGUUUUACAGAAAAAGACUCAAAUAUCACAUGCUCAAACUAAAUUAUCACAUUCUCAAACUCAAUACUACGCCAAAUUGGAGGAGGUUAGAAGAAUGAAAGAAAUCACCCGCACGUUAUCUAAUGCAAAUAUCUCUCAAGUGAAGUGA